AUGUUCGAACCAACAACCGACAUGUUCCCAGGCUUCGAUGUACCUCCUGGCCAUGCAGAGACCGUGGGAGCUCGCAAAGCUCGCAAAGCAAAAGAAGAAGAAGAGGCUGCUCGCCGCUCCAGCUCGUCCAAUUCACAGUCGUCUGCAAGCGUGCACAGCAUCCCCACAACAAGCGGCAGAAGUCAAGAUGCAUCCACUCACAAGUCAAAAGAAAAGACCGGUUUCGGCGGCUGGUUUUCCAGAAAUAACAAAAAAGGCAUUCAGGAAAUUUCGCCCUUGUCACCAACUGCCCCGCAAACUGUCGACAUACCACCUCCAGUGACCGACGCAGUCGAUCCUACGCUCGAGACAGACCCUACACUAGCGCCAGCUCCCCCAACUGCGCCCUUGGAUGCGCCCUUGGAUUCGGACAGAUAUCUCUUUCCAAGUCCGCCCUCGUUGCCUGCUGAUAAGCAUGCUCAAUCUCUACCACCACGAAAGAAUUCGCUGAUUCCAAUGCCUUAUCCUCCACCAACUGGUGAACUUCCCCCGACGCCAGGUUCAGGAAUGCAUGGCAUUGGCAGCCCAGUAGACGCCAGAUCCCAAAUCUCUUCCAGCCGACGCACUUCAUACAUGCCAGCUAGUGUCGCAACAUCAAAGACUAGUAUAUUCUCCUCAAGUGCCUCUGGCUAUGAAACAGUUGCCUCUGAAAUCAUAUCCGAGACCGCUUCGUACGCCGGAUCAAGUCACCUCCAUCAAGGUCCCGUUUUUGAAGCUGUUGAACGUGGCUCACGGACUGGAAGUGUGAAAAGUAAUGAACGUGACCAUAGUAGCAAGGCCGGCUCGUCACCCUUUGCUCGCGCUUUGGCAAAAAUCGAAAGUGCUAGCGCACGUAUAAUGUCCGCUCGUCUAAGCGAAGAAUGGGAAGGCCUUGAUGACGACGAAAGCUUUCAAGAAAUCAUGUUUGAAAAGCGGCUUUGGGCCUUGACGGCGUACCGGCGCCUAACGCAAAACAAAUCCUUGCAGUCACCUGUACAUGAACUGCUCAUCAACGCUCGCCCUGCGGAGCAACGAAGAGUACUUCAGAUCCAUGACUCCAUAGCUGAUGGCUGGAUGCUUGCAAAUCGCUAUCCUGCCGCAACUGUAUAUACACUCUCUUCUACACAGGCCUCUGCUCCCGCCGCUUAUCCGGCUCCUAUGAAUCACCACUCACUUUAUGUUCCGUCUCUUGCAUCACAAUCGCCAUUCCCGGACAACUACUUCGACGCCAUAAUCUCGCGCUCGGUCACCACAAUUCUCCGAAAUGACGAAUGGGCUCGCAUGUUCUUUGACUGCAUGCGCGUGCUUAAGCCAGGAGGCCAGAUUGAAAUACUUUCAGUCGAUGCGCACAUGAGUUGUGAAGGGCCCAAAAUGGCCUCUUGGGUCGACGAGAAUCUAUCCGUCCGACUUGAGUCGCUUGGAAUCAGCAAACAGGCUUCCGACACAGUUCUCGACACGAUGGAGAUAGUAGGCCUAGAAAACAUCCGCCGUGCACGCAUAGCACUUCCCGCGCAGCCGCCCAAAGGAAUGCCCAGAUCCGCACCCGUCCCGCCACUCCCCCAUGCUGGUGCGCCAACACCACAGGAUGUGCUCGAUAAUACCAAGAUGAUGGCAUUCUUGGGUCGGCAUUUUUACCAAACCCUGUACGGCAGGUUCAUGCACCCUGACCAAGGAGAUGAAUGGUUUUGGGCGCAUAAAGAACUACGCGACGAGUGCGACCACUACAAGACCAAGAUGAUUCUUACAAUUGCGUGUGCUCAAAAGGCAAAUCCAGCGUCUCAUGAUGACGAUUAUUCGGAUUGA